AUGACAUCUCUUCAAUUGUACAAACAUUUAUUACGUCAAUGUGAAAGAUUGCCGCCGGAUGCAUGUAAACAUUACAAAUUUUAUAUAAAACAGAGUUACAAACAACAUAAAUCUGAAAGUGAUCCUGAGAGAGUAAGUGAAAUAAUAGCAAAAAGUAUUGAAGAUGCCAAAUGGAUUGUAAAUAAGUACACUAAGAAA